AUGACCCCACCAUUUCCUCAGGCAGUUCUGCCCGCUACAGAGCCGCAAUAUCAUAACACAACAUUAGAAAACCCGCCACCGAUUCCUCCAAUUCAGGAUGUCGAAAAGCAAGGUCCAGAAGCGGACACGGCCAAAGAAUCAGCCUUCAAAGGUCUCGGCUGGUUAGAUCGUUUUCUGGCCGUAUGGAUCUUCCUUGCCAUGGCUAUCGGAAUCAUCCUGGGAAAUUUUGUCGAGAAUACGGGUCCUGCCCUGCAAAAGGGGAAAUUCGUUGGAGUGUCUAUUCCAAUCGCGAUCGGUCUCUUGGUCAUGAUGUAUCCUAUUCUUUGCAAAGUGCGGUACGAAUCUUUACACCAUGUCUUCCGAGAGCGUAAGGUCUGGACUCAGAUUGCGUUCAGCAUCUUCGUCAAUUGGAUUGUUGCUCCUUUCUUGAUGCUGGCACUAGCAUGGGCUUUCCUGCCGGACGAGCCAGAACUUCGGGAGGGCUUGAUUCUCGUCGGAUUAGCCAGAUGUAUCGCUAUGGUUCUCAUCUGGACCGGUCUCGCUGGCGGCGACGGCGAAUAUUGCGCCAUUCUUGUUGCAGUCAAUUCACUGCUGCAGAUGGUGCUUUUCGCUCCCAUGGCCAUUUUCUUCAUUCAAGUCAUCAGCCACUCGGAUAGCGAAGUUACAUUAUCGUAUUCUACCGCCGCCCAAAGUGUGGCAGUCUUCCUCGGUAUCCCCUUGGGUGCCGCAAUCAUCACCCGGAUCGCCCUCCGAAAGAUCGCUAGUCCACUUUGGUACGACCAGGUUUUCCUGAAGUGGGCUGGUCCAUUCUCACUUAUUGGGCUUCUCUUCACGAUCCUCGUGUUAUUCGCAUCUCAGGGCCAUCAGGUGGUUCACCAAAUUGUAUCGGUGGUUCGAGUCGCCGCUCCGCUCCUCGUUUAUUUUAUCGUCGUCUUCUUUAUCACUCUUCUUGUUACUUACAAGCUCGGGUUUGGUUAUAAGUUGGCUGCUACCCAAAGCUUCACCGCAGCCAGCAACAAUUUCGAGCUUGCCAUUGCUGUGGCUGUCGCAACGUUUGGUGCGGACAGCAAUCAGGCACUUGCAUCCACUGUCGGGCCGUUGAUUGAGGUUCCGGUACUGCUUGGUCUUGUCUAUGUUGUCAAAAUUAUUGCCAAGCGGGCUGGCUGGAAGGAUUGA